GCAUAUUGUAUAUGUUGGCGAGGAUCCCACUAAUUAGUGCAACAAUGGUCACAGCCUUGAGCAAAGCAAAAAUUGCUCCAAUGUUUGAGGUUAUUAUUUCAUCGACAACAGCCCCAAUGGCACAAGAUGACACUCAACCACCCACUGCACUUACAGCACUGACUGUGAGCAGCCCAAUGACAGUCCAAACAGGAUUGGCUGUAAAACAAUCAUCAGUCGUACCAAUGGCUUCAGCUAAGAUCCACCUGGCAAAGUUAUCAGUGGUACUGGCCAUGGCCAUUCUCUUCCUAGUGGUACAGCCAUCAAGAUUUAGUUCUCCAGAAUGCCAAUGGCUUCAAAAAAAAGGGGAGCAUAUUGACAACAAAAUACUCAUUCCUCAUGAACAGUGUCAACCAAAAGUAGAGAAUCGAGACCAUUGCUUUGACAUUCCUGAUAAUGGAUUUCCCAACAACAUACAUGAGCUGAAAGCUGCAGUCAUGGUGGUGCAUACAGUCUACAAUGAAACCAUGAUAUUCUACAGCAACUAUGGGAAAACACUCGGACUAUUAGAGAAUGAUUAUGAUUAUCUACGUUCCCUUCUGGAGGAUGUAAUAAAUGAGUUAGCUCAGUGUGUAACAAAUGCAGGGCAAUAUAAGGAUUUCACAGAUCCCAUAUCCAACCAAUACAGAGAAUUAGAGAAGCAUGUCCAGAAAUGGGGAAACUCUGCAUGUGCCCAGAACAUCUUUUGGGUUAUCAGCGAAAAUUUAGAGAAGGCUGUUCCACUCUCUUCUCAAAUGCGAAAAAUGAAUCUCAUGAAUAAAACCUCUUAACUUUGUU